AUGGGUUCGCUGGCCAAUCCGGUCUUCCCAGUCGGGGACCACGAGGCUUUCAUGGAGUUCGCUCUCAUUCAGGCGCAAAAGUCACCGCCAGCUGCCAACAAAUUCUGCGUCGGAGCUAUACUCGUCGAUGCCGAUAGCGGCGAGGUCCUAUCGACAGGAUUCUCACUGGAAUAUCCACAGGACUACAAGGGAGACCCAGGCACCACGCAUGCAGAGCACUGUUGUUUUAUCAAGAUCGCCGACGAGCACAACCUCCCAGAGGAACGCAUCCACGAAGUCCUCCCGGCCAACACGGCGCUGUAUACAACGAUGGAACCAUGCAACGAGAGACUGAGUGGCAAAAUGACCUGCGUGACCAGGAUAUUGAGACUCAAAAGCGCUAUAAGGAAUGUCUACGUGGGAAUCAAAGAGCCAGGAACGUUCAUCACGGACAACGACGGACAGGAGAGACUGGAGGCAAACGGCAUUAAGGUCGUGUUCCCCGUCGAACAUUGGCGUGAUAGGAUCACCAAGGUAUCAACGUCAGGGCACUGA